AUGUACAUCAAAUCCAUUGUCCUUGAGGGUUUCAAGUCUUAUGCUCAAAGGACCGAGGUUAAUGACUUUGACCCACUCUUCAAUGCCAUCACUGGCUUAAAUGGAAGUGGCAAAUCAAAUAUCCUGGACUCUAUCUGUUUCUUACUGGGCAUUACCAAUCUUUCACAGGUGCGAGCUUCCAAUUUGCAAGAUCUUGUUUACAAAAAUGGACAGGCUGGGAUUACUAAGGCUACUGUAUCUAUCACCUUUGAUAAUUUUGACAAGAAGCAGAGUCCUCUAGGCUUUGAAAAUCAUGAUGAAAUUACCAUCACAAGACAGGUUGUGAUCGGAGGCAGAAAUAAAUACCUAAUCAAUGGCGUGAAUGCAAACAAUACUAGAGUACAGGAUCUCUUCUGCUCUAUUGGACUGAAUGUCAAUAAUCCUCACUUUCUUAUCAUGCAGGGGCGAAUUACCAAAGUUCUCAAUAUGAAGCCCCCAGAGAUUUUGGCGAUGAUUGAAGAAGCAGCUGGAACCAGGAUGUAUGAGUGCAAGAAAAUAGCUGCUCAGAAAACCAUAGAGAAAAAGGAAGCCAAGCUUAAAGAAAUUUGCACGAUUUUAGAGGAAGAAAUCACACCAACCUUGCAGAAGCUAAGAGAGGAACGAUCCUCCUAUUUGGAAUACCAAAAGGUCAUGCGAGAGAUAGAACAUCUGAGCCGUCUGUAUGUUGCAUACCAGUUUGGAUUAGCUGAAAAAACCAAGGCACAUUCUGCUGAUGUGCUAAAGGAAAUGGAAGGCAAUAUUUCAAAACUUCAAGAAGAGAUGAUUGCAAAUGAAGAGAAGGUGAAGGAACUUGGCAAAGAAAUAGCAGAAAUGGAAAAGAAAAGGGAUCAGGAAUUAGGUGGUGUACUUCAUUCAUUGGAAGAAGCACUUGCAGAAGUUCAGAGAACUGACACCAAAGUGCAAAGUACCCUUGAUAUCAAAAUGCAAAACUUGCAAAGUGAAGAGAAGAAGCAGAAAGAGCUGGUGAAAUGCAUGGAAGAGGAUUCUAAAGCUUUGGCUUCCAAGGAAAAAGAAGUCAAGAAGAUCAGUGAUGUGCUGAGCACUCUUCAAGAGGCCAGUAAUAAGGACGCGGAGGCAUUGGCCGCUGCACAGCAGCACUUCAAAGCUGUAUCUGCUGGUCUGUCCAGCAACGAAGACGGUGAAGAUGCUACUCUCGCUGAACAGAUAAUGGCUUGCAAGAAUGAUAUAAGCAAAGCAGAAACAGAAGCAAAACAG